GUGGGGGUGGCAAACAAGUAUAUAAACGCUUCGCUUCGCUAGGGUUUUGGCUGCUUCCCUACUUUUCCACAGAGAGAGAGAGAGAGCACGAAAGAAAGAGAGAAGAUGAAGACGAUCCUUUCAUCGGAGACUAUGGACAUCCCAGAUGGGAUCAAGAUCAAGGUGAAGGCAAAGAUGAUCGAAGUGGAGGGACCACGAGGCAAGCUCACUCGCAACUUCAAGCAUCUCAAUCUUGAUUUCCAGCUCAUAACCGACGAAGCCACCGGCAAGAAGAAGCUGAAGGUCGACGCUUGGUUCGGAUCUCGAAAGACCACCGCCGCGAUCCGUACUGCUCUCAGCCACGUCGAAAACCUAAUCGCCGGCGUCACCAAGGGGUACCGUUACAAGAUGCGUUUCGUCUACGCUCACUUCCCUAUCAACGCUUCCAUCACCAAUGGAAAUAAAUCCAUUGAGAUCCGUAACUUCCUUGGCGAAAAGAAGGUGAGGAAAGUGGAUAUGCUUGAAGGGGUUUCUGUUGUCCGGUCUGAGAAGGUCAAGGAUGAAUUGUUGCUUGAGGGGAAUGAUAUUGAACUUGUGUCUCGGUCUUGUGCCCUGAUAAACCAAAAAUGUCAUGUCAAGAACAAAGAUAUCCGGAAGUUCCUGGAUGGUAUUUAUGUCAGUGAGAAGGGGAAAAUAGCUGAUGAAGAGUAAUCCGUCAGAGAGUUGCAUGAUUGUUUCUUUUUUGGAGUAGUUGCCUUGGAUUCCCAUAGUUUAUUUGGACCUCUGUUAUGAACUUGUUUGAAGUUAAGUUUACAACUUUGUUGUAUGAGACUACAGUUUUAAGACAGGCUGGUUAGGUUACCAUCUUAAACAUUUCCUUUGUUUUCCUUGAAUCAUUUGUGUCUUUGGCGGUGUUAAAACUUUUCUUGUGCCUUUCCUUUUGCUGGUAAAUGUGUAUGAGGGACCCGACUUGGAAGUGUCGAGGUUUCAAAUUUAUCCCCACCUUGUUGAAGACAACUUUGAAACUUGAACUUGGAAAAGGCUGAUGUUCUGGUGAGUUAAGCCUGAUUAUGUUCAGUGGUGAUUCCUUCCCGAUGGUAUGUAUCAUUGACUUAGUUGUUGUAAGUGCAAUUACCUGAAUGAGCUUGGUGGGCGAUUCAAGCUGCGUACAAUAUUUCACCUCAAAUUUAUUUGAGAAUGAAUGUUAGAUUGGUGAAAGGAAUGUUUCUGAGAAAGUCGUGUUCUUGAUCAAACUUGAUGAUGGUAUUCGUAUGUCACCUUUGUACUAUUAC